AUGGCUGUGGCUCGGGGUGUGGGAUCAGCUGUGGAGUCAGCAGCAGCGGCAGCUGCAGAAGCAGGUUCGUCUGCUCUUACAACCCUCGGAGCAGCAGCAGCAGAAGCAGCAGGAUCGUCUGGAGCAGCAGCGGUGGAGGGAGCAGAAGCAGCAGCAGAAACAGCAACAGCAGGAGGAGGUGCAGGAGCGGUUAUUACAGGGCUGGCAAGCGCAGGAGCAUUCAGAGCGCCCGCCACAGCAGCAGCGGCGGCAGCAGCAGCAAAGGAAGCAGCAUCAGGCGGCCUAUUCAACGUCGUCGAAGGCUCUCAAACCCUCGGCGACGCUGUCCGUGCUCUCGAGCAAUCCAACAUCUUCCGCCUGGGACCAGCAGGGAUCAUCCCAGGGGGGUGCGCGUGGGGGAUUUUCCAAGUUCUCAUGUUCUCCCUCUCGCUCUCCACAGGACUAGAACCCGCGUUGGCCCCUGCCUCACCAUACGCGCUGGUGGUGGCGAACGUGAAUGCUUUAGUGGCGCAGCUGCUGUUUGUGUUUCUCAGCGGAGCCGUGUUUGCGAGGCUCACACAACCCGUGGACCCGAUUCUGUGCUCCAAAGUCGCCUGCAUCACCCCUCCCUUGCAGCAGCCACAGCAGCAGCAGCAGCAGGGUGUGAACCUGCCGGGAAAUGCAGCUGGGGGAUCGGGGGGGACCGUGCCAGCUCGCUUCCCUCCUGCUGCCCGCUCGCUCUCUCGCAGCAUCAGCAGCGCCAACUUCGGAGGCAGCGCUGCCUUCGCCGCCUCAAGGGUGUUCCCAGGCGCUACUGCUGCAGGAGCAGGAGGGGGUGUGGGGGAAGGGGGUGGAGGGGGUGGGGGGAACGUUGCAGGGGUGGGGUGGAGAGGUGGGGCGGACGGAGCAGGGUUUGGCACGGGUGGUGGGAUGGGGGCGGGAAGAGGGUGUGAGCGCAUGCUGCUGGUACGGUAUGUGCUGGCGGGGCCACAGCCGUGCGAGCUGGUGGAUGUGAAGGUUGAGCUCACGCUCAAGCACAACACGCUCUCCUGCACGGGGAGGUUUUUUCGCCAAGUGGACCACCUUAAGCUGGUGCGCUCAGAGGACUCGUACCAGCGCUACGGCAUGACAGUGCGGCACCUUAUUGACGAGUCCAGCCCGUUGUACAACCGGUCCCGAGACGAUCUCUGCCUUGUCAACGCACAGCUCAGCCUCGCUGUUGUGAGUCAAGCAGAGUCAACGCAGGUCAAUGGAGGGCACACUGAAAUUGGCAUGGAACGCGCGUCCAUGCAGCCAUUGUUCCACGUGGAGGACUACUUUGUGGCCGAUGAGGACGUUAUAUGGAACGCUGACUUUGAGGAUAUGGUGUACCGCGAUAGCAAUAAUAGACUACUAGUGGACCACAGGAAAAUCAGCAACUGGGUAGGGGUUGAGCUGUAA